AUGACAACAACCAAAACGCCAUCCACUGGGGCCAACGAGGCCCUGGGAGUGACCCAUAACCUCACAGCCUCUGCCAAACCAACGAAGCGGACGCUGAAGGAGACCGACUCCGACAGUCCGACAAAGAAACGGCCGAAGGUGAGCGAGCAGAAGGAUACCAUUGCCAACGACUUAGUCGCCCCCCAUGCAGACGACAACACUCGUCAGGCAGAACAUACCAGCCUCUGGAACGAUAAGCAUCAAGCCCCUUACGAACACCUGAAAGGAAGAUGCGCAAGCAUAAUCGAGAACACCUGCAUCGACGACACAGCCAACAACACAAGCAAGGCAACCUCAGACAGCAACAGGGGGAUUUCAAAGGACGGCGGCGCCCCCGGAAACAUCGAGGUCCAGCUAGACCGCAUUGAAACCACACUCGAGAAGCUCAACAAGCAGCAACAGGCGAUGGAGCGACCAAGCGCGGUAGAGGACCUUUCAGCGUCAACGACCGACUCGCAUUCUUCUGACCCUUCCGGUCCUCGCAACCAGAAUUCUUCCUCAUUGCCUUCACCUUCCGCUCCUCCUUUACCCAAGGUUUCUUCCAAGAUUUGGCACCAUAUGCUUAUUCAGAACGGCUGGGUAGCGAACCGCCCCCGCUCGUCCGCGAGACACUACAUCCCGGCGCGCCGUUCAAGGGGAGGUCCCAAGGGCAGUUGGUCUAGCUUGUGCUAUUCCACCUCUUCCGACAGGAGUGCUACUACGGAGCCGGAGCCAGAGCCGUUGCCUUCGCCAUCGUCCGAUACUAAAAACAGCGAACGGUCCCCUGUCCGACUUAGAGCGGUGCCGGGCACCAAGGCGGAGCGCCUUGCUGAGUACAUUAAAUACUGGCAGAGGUCGGGAAAGCUUGAUGAGGAGGAGAAAAGUCACGACAAUGAAGCAGUGAAGCCGAAGACGAGAUAUAAUCUGAGGAGUACUAGGAAUUGA